AUGUCGGAACAAGGGGUAAAACAUGAUUGCGAGUACGACUCUGACCCUCGCCAAAAUAAGGAACUCGCCCGCUCACUGAAGGGCAAACAUGUCCUUAUUGCUGGUGCCGGUCGCGGUAUAGGUCGCGCCACAGCCGAGUUCUUCGCGCAUACAGAUAUCUCGUCACUAAACCUCGUUGCGCUGGAAAUUGUCGAAGUGGAAGAAACAGCAAGACUCGCUAGAAUCAUCAAUCCCUCUAUCACAGUAAAAUCUGCUGCGUUUGACGUCAGAGACUUCGAUGCUGUGCACGCAUUUGUGGAGGGUAUAGUACAUGAAUUUGGUAGAAUCGAUGUUGUCUUCAUGAACGCAGGCCGCCCUCCGCAAUGGCUACCACUGCACGAGUCUGAGCCAACUAUUUGGUGGGAUACGGUGACAGUGUCGCUACAAGGGUCGUUCAACUUUGCACGCGCUGCCAUCCCAUUUAUGCGUGAAGCGUCAGAAGGGGGAAGGUUAAUCUUCACGUCAAGCCUCGGCGCUCAUCUCACUGAGGGAGCAGGAAGCUAUACAAUUGGCAAGCUUGGAACGACAAGGCUCGCCGAGAUAUUACACCACGAGAACAAAGAUGUCGGGAUCAAAACGUUCAGCAUCCAUCCGGGUGUGAUUAAUACCAGGUUCUAUUCAGAUUUCGCGCACGCGGUUGAGGGAAAGCUUGCGAGCGAUGGGAGUAGCUAUGUGUCCGAUAAAGUACCAGGCGAUAUAAAGUCUGCCAAAAAUGUGGUCGAUUUCUUCAAGGACAAGUCCUUUGACACUCCACAGAUGCCGGCAGGUAUGGUGGUGGUAUUGGCGAGUGGGAGACUGGAUUUCCUGUCGGGAAGGGUGGCGCGGUACCUCGCGAACAAAGAGCAGAUUCUCCGAGAAGAUAUCUACAGGGUUAAACUUAUUGGCAUAAACCAGUUUUUGCCGGAAUGGAAGGAUUAA